CUCACAGUAUCAUUGUAUACCCAGAGUGUUAAAAAUAAACAAAAAUGUUCGCCAAGAUUGUAGCCUUCGCCACCCUUGUAGCUUGCGCAAGCGCUGGAUUGCUCGGUGGGCAUGGUCUAGGGGCUAUAUCAGUAGCCCAUGCAGCGCCUAUUGCCAUCGCCGCGCAUGCACCUGCGCAUCAUGAAACUGUCGAUUACUUUGCAUACCCUAAAUACGAAUUCAACUAUGGAGUAGCUGACGGACACACUGGAGAUCACAAAUCACAAAAGGAAAGUCGCGACGGUGAUGUUGUGAAGGGUUCCUACACUGUUGCCGAACCUGACGGUACUCUCAGAACUGUCCAUUACACCGCUGAUGAUCAUAACGGUUUCAACGCUAUUGUCACGAGGUCCGGACAUGCCGUGCAUCCUCAAAUAGUCCAUAGUCAUGCCGUAGCACCAGUAGCUCUUUCAUUAGGACAUGGACAUGGCCUUCAUUGAUGAUCUCAAAGGCUUAUAGAAUGUGUUGCUCAUUUAUGUAUAUACCUCAUAGGUUGUUUUUGCUAGUGUUGUUCGUUCUUCUUUGUAGCAUGUAUUGUAUCUCAUCUUCGCCAUAUUUAUUUUUUGUAUUCAAAUAAAAGACUAUCGUUAUAAUGAAACAAUUAUUUUUAUUUAUUACCUUCUCUUUUAAAAAAUGUCGGAAUUUAUUUUGCGAAAUUGAAAACCAACUUAAAAUAUAACUUUAUUUCAAAAUUGGAAAGCAACAAUACAUUUUAAUGUUAGAAUAGUGACUUAUAGUGACUUCUCUGUACGUCUUUUAGAAAUAACAUUCUGAUUUUCUUUCUCUUUUAAGCAUAACAUGUAUUAUACUACAAACAAAUAUCUUGUUACCAUUUUUAAAUUUUUGUGUAAAGUUUAUAAUUUAUAUAUAAUACCUAUUAUAAUCACUUGAAAUAGUUCUUUAGAACAUCUUAGAACUGGUUUUUUAAAAUAUCUUCGGAUUAUUUGGUUAUUUUCUUGUAAAUCUUUUAGAGUUGCUCCUUUGAAACUAAUUCCUGCCAUUGUGUAGAAAAAUAAGGAUAUUUUUUUAUAUCUACAAGCUGUUUCUUAUCCUUGUAAGUCUUUAAAAAGUCCUUAGAUCCUUUUGAAUCUUUUAAAUUUAGGUUCUGUUUUUCACUUAAAAAGUCCUUCAAUCCUUUGUAACUUGUUCCUAACAACAAUUUAGAAAAUAAGUUGGUAUCUAGAAACUGAUCUUCUCUUGAGGAUUCACUGGAAUCCUUUAGAUUUAUUGCCUGCUCUUCUCUUGGGAUUUCUGUAGGAUCUUUUAAAAUUUGUCUUGGAAAUUGUUUACGAAAAUUGUUUUGAAAGCCCAAAUUGAAACUAUUUAUUAAUUGUUCCUGAUGCUGGCCUGGAGUAUAUUUUUGUACUGUUUUGUAAGAUUUAGUUUGAUCUAAUAGGCCAUUGUUACUUUGCUUAUAAUUUUUUACAUGUUUCCAUCGUCUCCACAAAUCUUGAAAUCUUGUUUUCGGAGUCGUCUUCAUCGUAAUCAAAUUAUUGCAUCCAUUACAAGGUGAAGUAGGUAAAUCACCGAAGAUGUCGCCUCUGCAAUGGUUCUUGAGAUGAAUACUUAAAUGCAUAGUAACUAUGGAUAACGCUAGGACGUAAAUCAAAAAUUGUAUGACUAUCCAAAAGAGUACCACUGAUAAUGGUGUCAGAUUCUUAAACAGGUCUUUGAUAAUCCAUGCUGCUGUCGCUUUAUCUUUUAUUGGUCUUGAACCUCUGCUUUUUUCGAAAGGAUCUUCAUCGUCUACCGUUAUGAUACUUGUCAUAAUUAUUUAAAGUUAAUUUGAGUUUGACGUACAAAGGUUUCGU